AUGGACCGAGAGCCGGCGGGCAAGCCUCUGCAGUUUGCAAGCCGCGCCCGGCAUGCUUGCGUGCGGUGCAAGAGGCAGAAGCUCAAGUGCGACAAUCAUCGGCCUUGCUACCUUUGCGUCCGAUCUGGAAUCGAGUGCAAGGACGACGACAAAAGGGAUGGGAGGAAGACGAGGGUCCGCGCCACACGUAGCGCUGCGGAGGCAGCCACGGGAUCUAUCAAGGUCUGCGAGCUAGACAGAGAGGCUCCGACCGUGGCCACAGCGCCCUCAUCGCCAGCUCCGUCCUAUCCGGAAGGACCGCGGCUCUUCAUCGAGCGGACAUCGACGCUGAGAGUUGUGCAACAGAAGAACAAGAUUGUCCUUCUCUUUCCCGGCUCCCCGCCGGCGGUGGCCGAGUGCCUGCUAGACACGUACAGCCGGCUCGUGUCGUGGUACGUCACGCUCUUCCACGACCCCACGAUCAAGCGGCGGUUCCAAGCGCUGCAGGCGGCGGGGCGCGCGGGCUCGGAGGACUUUAGCUUCCUGAUGCUGGUGGUGGUCAUCAUGGCCACGUCGGCGCGGUGGAUCGCGCCGUGGCAGAAGACGCGGCACAGCGUCGAGUUCGACGAGAGGGCCGUCGAGGAGAGGUUGCUGGCGGCGGCGGAGCGCCAGAUGCUGCAGGUGGUGGAGGAGUCGAGCUCCGUGGCCGUCAUGUUUCUGGACCUGCUGGCGUCGCACUACCUCUUUAGUCGCAAGACGCGCCGCGCGUUCGUGGUUCGUCGCGCAGGCUUUCGGCCGACCCGCCAUCAUCAAGACAUGGACAUCCACGUCAACUACGCCGACAUGGACGACGACGAAUGGGGCGAGCGCGUGCCCGGUCCCGUAACGGGCUGGGUCGACGGCCCGUCCAAGGAGACGUUCGAGAACGGCACGCGGCGGCCCAUCACGACGGGGUCGUACCACCGGUACAAGGCGCGGCUAUACCGCAUCGCGGCGCCCAUCACGCGCCUGCUCGAGUUUGAGAGGCGGCUGCCGCGGGACCUGCAGCUCAAGACCUACGAGAGCGCGGGGGCCGGUUCCGAUGCGGCGAGCGUAGACUCGGUAGCGGACUACGUCGAGGGCACGGCGCGCGCGGUGCUGCACGCGCAGGCGCUGGCGCUCCGCGUGUCGUAUGAUAAUAUGCAGAUGCUGCUGCAUCGGCCGCUAAUUUCGUGGAAGGGGCUGGAGAAUCAGUCAGUGGACCAGCGGAGCGGAGACGGCGGCCACGACGCAAACAACAACAACAACGAGAGCACGAGCGGCGGGCCAAGCACCGGAAAGGGAAGCAGCAGGGCAGCGGGAAGCGGAGGAGCGGCGUCGGCCGUCAUCACCAACGACCUCAUCGCCACGUCGCGCAAGCAGUGCUGGACGUCGGCCAUCCAGCUCUCCAACCUGCUACGCCACCGCGCCACGCUCGAGUUCGUCAAGCACACGCCGCUGGGCGCGCACGUGGGGAUGCAUUGCUUCACGGCGGGCGUCAUGCUCGCCGUCUUCGCGCUGUCCAAGCCGUGCUCGGCCCAGGCGCAGGAGGCCAAGCAGGCCCUCGGGCGGCUCAUCCAGAUCGGCAACUUUGCCCAGGCGUCGGAGCUGAAUGCGCUGACGGAGCCGGGGACUACGAGGCGGGUGGUGGUGCGGCGCGGCGUCAGGGUGCGAGUACGGGGCGGCGGCACCCGGGUGAGGGGGCGGCGGCUUCGCGUCAGGGGCAAGGGGGAUCAUCAGCUGCAGCACCAGCACCAGAGACAGCAGGAUGAGCACUAUCGGCAGCGACAGGAGCUACAGAACCACCACCAGCAGCAGCCAAAUCAGGACGACAAUCGGAAUCAGCAACAGCAGGGUCGAUCGCCGUCCUCGCCCUUCCACGCGCGCGAGGACGCUAGCGGAUCAGCGGGGACGGGCGCCACCGGAAGCGCACGAUCAGCGGCGACGCCCAGCGACGUCGCGAGAAUGGCACGGAGCGACCACGCAGGCUUCGACCAGGCCCCCGGCGCCGCGGCGCACCUUCACCCGUACGCGGCGAGCUACCAUUCCGACUCGACGGUGGGGGAUUUUGGACUAUGGUACGCCAAUGACGGGUUCGACGAGGCGCUCUCGUCUCUCCAAAGCGGAAACGCGAGCACCACGUCCGUUCUCGAUCUCGAGUACUCCGAUUGGUCCAUGAUGCUCGACCCGUCAACCCCGCGCGUCGCUGGAGCCGUCGCCGGCCAGGUUUCCCAUAUUAGCGGGGAGUACCAUGACAGUUUCGGCAAUUCCACCGGAACGUCUCACGCACUCCCCCAGCCCCCUCCCGUGCCGGCCUUUGAGAUCCCCGAGCCCGCGCCCGACAACGCAGGCCCGUACCACGAUCCCAUCGCCCCCUUCCGCGGCCUCCUGAGCGGUCUCCGCCUCACCCCGGGCGAGGGCACCUUUCUCCAAGCCAUGCUCCGGCUCCCCCACAACGCCGAGCCCCGGCCCAAGACGACGCACAACUCGCUCAACAUCCUCGAUGACACGUGGUACCUCCAGGAGCGCCUCGAGAACCCCUCGCCCAACAGCUACUUCUCCCGCAUCGACCGCAAGUGGCUCCAGUUCCGCGACGGUCAAACUGGCGACGCCGCCGGCUCCGCUGCCGCGCGCAGCGCCAGCUUCUCCUCCACUUCUUCCUACGCCAGCUCCCAGCCCAAGACCCCGACCGGCUCCCAGGGCUUCGAUCCCAUCUUCAGGAUACCCGGCUACCCCGACGCCAAGCUGGACGACAAGUGGCUCCAGUACGACGACCCGUGGUUCGUCUACGACGAGGACGAGGACGAGGUGACGACCGACCAGGCGCCCGCCAAGAAGCGUCGCGUCGAGUUUGCCCCCGAGCCUCCGAAGAAGGCCAAGGUGGCCCCAGAGCCGGAGGAGCUCGCUCCCCACCCGGCUGUCACAGAUUCAGAGUUGAGUCCCAUUUCCCCAACAUCGAGGAACUAG